AUGAUGCCGUCACCAGGCUCGUCCUUCUUCACCUUUCUCCGCGCCAACCUCGUCCUCACCCCCUCGGCCGUCUCGUCCCCCUCCGGCACCCCCCAUCUUGAGCCUUCCUCGACCGAUCCAUCGUUCCACCUCCGCCCAUGCUUCCCUUCUCGACAAGCCCCGUACAAAACCGGGAGAUGCCUUGACGACAGCGCCGCCGACAGCGCCGCCGACAACGACGACGACAAUGUCGACUUCCCCCCGCUGACCCUCGGCGCCCUCAGCUCGCUGGAUGAGCGGUUGGAGGGCCUGCGCCUCGUUGCCGACUCUUUGGCCCACAUGAGGCUUCGUGCCGGCUGCAUCCUCGCCUUCCAUCCGCUAUGCCUCACCGCCUUGCUGUCCAGUUGGGCAGCCGUCUACCGCUUCGCCUCCGUGCCGAGCUGUGCCUUUGUGCUGGCAUGUGGGACUACUUGCGCCUACCUCCUUUCCAUCCGACACCUGACUUCGCCCAUUGCCCCCAAUGAACAAGGCGUCAUCCUUGGCGCCCGGCACGGCCGUAAGCUCGUUGGUGCCCCCAUUCUUCGCCUCGAACCUCGACAAACGCCAUUCGCCUACAAUUCCUCCCCAAAUCACCACCUCGCCGGAGGGAAGCGCAAGAGCCGCAGCCGCAGCGCCAGUCUCCGCCGUGGCCACGGUCUCAUCCGUGCAUGGGCCACCCUGCCAAUGUACCGACAGCAGGGUGUCGGUCGGCACUUGCUCCUUGCCGCCGUCCGUAGGACCAAGGAGGUGUAUGGCAGAGAUGCCACCGUCGGCUUCGCCCAAGAACACGCCCAGAGCGUCAUGCUGCUACCCCGCCUCUUCAACGGGCCCUUUCGAACGGACGAGGCCCGUGCCGCUCGGGCUUUGGAGGAAUCCGUCACCCGUUGGGGUGUGAGCAGAAGAAGAAAGCGGUGA